GGAAAUGAAAAGAGGAGGAAGUAACUUCGGUUUGACUUUCAUUCAGCCUUGCUUUUUUCCCUCUCAACAACAACUAGGCUGAAAUGUUUCUUCUUUACCUCUGAAGUCAGAGGAGUUGGGUGAAAGAAUGCAGAAUGGGAAACCAGAUUCCUACUCCUCCGGCUGAGGUUCCAGCAACACCACAAUGUGCUACAACUCAGAAAGACACAGGAAGCACAACAAUCAGCGCCCAGAAUGGAUGUGUUGUCAGCCAACCUCAGUUAAGCGAUGUUCAUGUUGAAAGGGAUCUAACUGUCAAUGUUAACAACACAUAUGUCCAAGCUCCUGCCAGGACAGACGAGACUAAUGUCGUUUCUCCCAAAACCAAAGAAAACAUCCAAAGGUGCCAAGAUGAACUAAAAUCUUACCUUGAAAAUUCAACAAAGAAUCUGUUACAAGUAACAAAGGAAGAUGGAUCAUCAACUCCUUUAAACAAACUCUAUACAGAGCUGUACAUCACAGAGGGAGGCAGUGGGGAGGUUAACAGUGAACAUGAAGUGGUUGAAUUAGAAUGUAGAAGGUGUGUGAGUGAGGAGAAGAAAAUCCAACUCAAUGACAUUUUGAAAACUUUGCCAAACGAAGAGAACCCUCCUCAGAGAGUUCUGACGAAGGGAAUUGCUGGCAUUGGAAAAUCUGUUGCUGUGCAGAAAUUCACUCAGGACUGGGCUGUUGGAAAAGCCAACCAAAGCUUUCAGCUCAUAUUUCCAUUCACAUUCAGAGACUUGAAUUUAAUAAAAGACAAAGAUUAUAGUCUCAUGGAUUUAAUAGGUCACUAUUUUGAAGAAGUGAAGGAUUUGGAACCUUCAGACUACAAGAGUUCUAGUGUUUUGUUCAUCUUCGAUGGCCUGGAUGAAGGCAAAUUCCCUCUGAACUUUGAGAAAAAUGAGAUGUGCCGCAGCGUUACAAAAACUACAACAGUAGAUGUCUUACUGACCAACUUAAUUGCAGGAAAACUGCUUCACAAAGCCUCGAUCUGGAUCACAAGUAGACCGGCCGCAGCCAGUAAGAUUCCUCCUGAGUGCAUCGACAGGGUGACCGAGGUACAAGGCUUUAAUGAUGAGCAGAAGGAGGAGUACUUUCGAAAGAAAAUCAGUGACCAGGAUGUGGCUCAAAAGAUCUCCGAUCAUCUUCAGUCAAAGCCGAUGAGAACUCUGUACAUCAUGUGCCACAUCCCAAUGUUCUGUUUGAUUUCAGCCACAGCUCUCCAGAGUCUCCUCACAGGAACUCAUGAAAGUGAGUUACCCAAGACUGUGACUGAAAUGUACACACACUUCCUGAUUAUCCAAACAACACGGAAAAACGAGAAGGAUUAUCAGGAGGUUGAAACAGACAAAGAAAGAAAAAAAGAAAGGGAUAAAGAUGUGAUCAUGAAAUUGGGAAAGCUGGCAUUUGAACAGCUACAGAAGGGCAACAUAAUCUUCUAUGAAAAAGAUCUGAAGGAGUGCCAAAUUGAUCUGAAAGAAGCUGCAGUUUACUCAGGAGUUUGUACACAGAUCAUAAGGAGAGAAUCAGGUCUUCACAGACAGGAGGUUUACUCUUUUGUACAUUUAAGUGUGCAGGAGUUUCUUGCAGCUCUGUAUGUAUUGGAGACCUUCAUAGAGAGUGGACAAAAUCUGCUUCCCAGCCAGUCAAAGGUUAAAGUGAGAUCAGAGAAAGGAGAAAGCCUUAUCGUCCUCCUCCACAAGAACGCAGUGGAUAUGGCUUUAGCCAGUGAUCACGGACAAUGGGACUUGUUUCUGCGCUUCCUGCUUGGUCUGUCACAGGACAAGAAUCAGAGCCUUCUUCAGAAGGGGUUUGGAUUUAAUGUAAGAAGUCCAUUGAACAACCAGGAGACAAUCACCUACAUUCACGAGAAGAUCAAGAAACUGUCCUAUACCGACAAGAGCAUCAAUCUUUUCCAGUGUUUAAAUGAACUUGGUGACCAGUCUCUAGUAGAGCAAGUCCAAAAGUACCAGAGCUCAGGAGAUGUUAGUAAAAUUUCACCUGCACAUUGGUCAGCUUUGGCCUUUAUAUUGCUUGUUUCUAAUGAAGACCUGGAUGUGUUUGACCUGAAGAAAUACUACAAGUCAAAUGAAGUUCUGGAGAGGAUGCUGCCAGUGCUCAAAGCAUCAAAGAAAGCUUUGUUAGGUGACUGUAACCUCACUGAUAGAUGCUGUGAGUUUAUUUCAUCAGUUCUCAGCUUUAAGUCUUCUAGUCUGGAGGAGCUAGACCUGAGCAGUAAUCAACUGCAGGAUUCAGGAAUAAAGCUUCUCUCUGAUGGCCUCAAAAAUCCUAACUGCAAACUCCAGAGACUCAGUUUGAAAGACUGUAGCAUCACAACAAAAGGAUGUCAAUCUUUGGCAACUGGUCUGUCUUCCAACUCCUCCCACCUGAAAGAACUGGAUCUCAGCUACAAUAAGUUUCAUAGUGGAGGACUGAAAGUGCUUUCAGAAGUUCUCAACAAAUGCUCUUUGGAAACACUGAGGUUAUGUGCGUGUGGCAUUACAGAGGACGGAUGCAAAUCUCUGGCUUUGGCUCUCAGCUCAAACCCUUCUCACCUGAAAAACCUGGAUCUGAGCAAGAACAGUUUUGGAGGACAGGCAGUUGCUCAGCUCUGUGGCUUUCUGAAGCAUCCUGACUGCCAGCUGGAGAGACUAUGGCUUUUCAACACAAACCUACAAAAGGAGUGUGCAGCAGCUCUGGCCUCAGCUUUGGCUUCAAACCCAUCCAAGCUGAGGGAGUUGGAUCUUGGAGCGAACAUACUGGAAGAUGCUGGAGUGAUGGAGCUCGCGUCUCUGCUGAAGGAUCCAAACUGCAAAAUGGAAACACUGAGACUGGCUGGUUGUCGAAUCACAGACAGCGGCUGUGCUGCUCUGGCUUCCAGUCUGAGGUCAAACCCCGCCCACCUGAGGGUUCUGGAUCUGGCAAGAAAUGACCUCCGAGACCACGGCGUCCAACUCCUUUCUGAGUUCUUGGCAGAGUCUCUUUGCCGACUGGAGACACUGAAACUGGCUGGUUGUUGGAUCACUGACAGCGGCUGUGCUGCUCUGGCUUCAAGUCUGAGGUCAAACCCCGCCCACCUGAGGGUUCUGGAUCUGGCAAGAAACGACCUCCAAGACCACGGCGUCCAACUCCUUUCUGAGUUCUUGGCAGAGUCUCUUUGCCGACUGGAGACACUGAAACUGGCUGGUUGUUGGAUCACUGACAGCGGCUGUGCUGCUCUGGCUUCCAGUCUGAGGUCAAACCCCGCCCACCUGAGGGUUCUGGAUCUGGCAAGAAACUACCUCCGAGACCGCGGCGUCCAACACCUGUCUGAGUUCUUGGCAGAGUCUCUUUGCCGACUGGAGACACUGAAUCUGUCAGGCUGUAUGGUCUCAGAGGAAGGCUGUGGUUUUCUGGCGUCAGCUCUGACAUCCAACCCCUUCCAUCUGAGAGAGCUUGAUCUGAGCUACAAUCAUCCAGGAGCCUCAGGAGAGAAGAUGCUGAAGAAUCCACACUGCAAACUGAUUACUCUCAGGGUGGAUCAUUGUGGGGAGCAGUGGCUGAAUCUUGAUGUGAGGAAGUAUGUCUGUGAACUCAAACUGGACACAAACACAGCACACAAAUACCUCAAACUGUCUGACAACAACAGGGAGGUGACAGCAGUGACAGAGAAGCAGCCAUAUCCUGAACAUCCAGAGAGAUUUGACUACUGGGAACAGCUGUUGUGUAGAGAUGGUCUGACUGGUCGCUGUUACUGGGAGGUCGCGUGGUUUGGAGAGGUUCUUAUAUCAGUGAGUUACAGAGGAAUCAGAAGGAAAGGAAAUAGUACUGACUGCUGGUUUGGAGGGAAUAACCAGUCCUGGAGUCUGAGAUGCUCUUUUGAUGGUGGUUACUCUGUCUGGCACAAUAACAUUGUAAUCUAUCCCCCCUCCUCCUCUGUCUCUAACAGAGUAGCAGUGUAUGUGGACUGUCCCGCUGGCACUCUGUCCUUCUACGGAGUCUCCUCUGACACACUGAUCCACCUCCACACCUUCAACACCACAUUCACUGAACCUCUUUAUCCUGGGUUUGGGUUUCGGUUUGGGUGUGGGUUAUUUUCUGGUUCCUCAGUGUCUCUGUGUUCAGUGUAGGAGGAAGAGUCUCCUCCUGUGUAGAGAAAAACUCACAUUGAUGACAAACACACUUUUUAUUAGUCAUACUAAUCUACUCAUACAAAAUCUACGCGGAAAUGUCUACAGUUGUUUUGCUUUAGUGAAUGUAAUGUGUGUCCAGGGUUUUAAAUGCUGCGAGACACCAAAUAUAUUUUAGUUUUCUUUUUUUUUGUACUUUGCAAUCUGAAAAUGUUUUCAUAUAAAUAAGUAUGUAUAUCCACUAAAAUCAGGUUCCAAAAACAUGCAUAUAUGUUUUUUUAAACAAAUGUACCAAUAAUUUUACUUUGUAGAAAUAUGAUUCCUUAGUUUUUGUAAAUGAAUUAUUAGAAAAUAAACCAGUGAUAUGUUGAACCAGA